UCCAGCUGCUUUUGCUGUAUGGAGUGUUUUGGUGUGUUUCCCUCUGUGUUUUGGCUGCUCGCCUCCCUCGAAGGAGGGGGCGGGAGAGAGGCAGGCAGGCGGCGGCGGCGGCGCUUCUGGCGAUUGCUGUUGCUGGCUUUGUCACAUCGCUGCUGCCUGCGGGAGCUUUCACCAUGCACACCUCGCCUUGCGCCGAUGAGAUGGGAGAUGCCCCUUCUGUUGACUUUGUGGACAUCUGUGAAUCCAUUCAUGAACGGCAGCGUCAUGACAGCGAAAGGUCUACUUGUAGCACCCUGGAACAGAACGACAUAGAAGCAGCUGAGGCUCUUGUUUGCAUGAGCUCCUGGGGUCAAAGGUCACAGAAAGGUGAUCUGUUAAAGAUAAGGCCUCUUACACCUGUCUCAGAUUCAGGUGACUUCACAAUGCACGCUGAACCCACCUCUGAGUUGCCCAAGGAUUUUAACUUUUUAUCUACACUGUGUAUGACACCACCAUAUAGUCCAGAUUUUGUUGAGCCUUCUCCAACAACAGCACUACUGUCAUCACAAACCACUUACUCCAAAUCUAGGACAAUCAAGGCUAACCCAUCUGCCUGUGUGGUCACUCCCUCAGGUUGUGCUCUCACUGCAGCCCAGCCAUCUGGCUUGCACGUGGAGAGUCAGCCUAGCCACAAGCGAGCAAGAGCUGAGCAACCUGUUCCUCAGCUUUGCAGAGCCAUGGCAACCAGCGUGAUCCGUCACACAGGUGACUCACACAUUCCUAGUGUGCAGCCAGUCUCAGGCAUCAGCGGUUCUCCAGACCAGCACCAGGCACAAGGCCUGCGACAUUCCAGAGUUUUGGAGGACGGUGAUAUGGCAGACAACUCAACCUACAAUGCUUCCCCAGCCCAUGGGUCUCAUUUGCACAACUCGAGCUGCUCAAGAGCUGCCAGUCAAGGACACGAACUGCUGAAGCAGGCUUCACAGCAGACUUCUUUCCCAAAGGACUCUGAAAAUGAUGCACAGCAAAAGGCCACCCCGCUUCUGCCCACCCCGCUUUCCAGUCCCCAGGUGAUCUGCCAGAUGAUCCCUUUGGAUGGACACAGAGGGGUGGUCCCCGCCUUCCUAAAGCCCUCGACUCAGACUGCAGCAACGGUCAAGCCCAUCUUACCGCACUCAGCCCCACUUUCCCAGCCUGUGCUCAUGGGACCAUCCAUGCCACAGGGGACUGUUAUGCUGGUCCUUCCUCAGGCUGCAGUUGCCCAGGCGUCGCCCUGCCAACAACCAGUGAUGUCUGUUGGGAAUACUAAGUUAUUGCCUCUGGCACCUGCUCCAGUUUUCAUUGCUUCUGGUCAAAGCAGUGCACCUUUAGUGGACUUUUCCCGGAGACGGAAUUAUGUUUGCAACUUUCCAGGCUGCAGGAAAACAUACUUUAAAAGUUCUCACCUGAAAGCCCAUCUGCGAACUCAUACUGGAGAAAAACCUUUCACUUGUAGCUGGGAAGGUUGUGAUAAAAAGUUUGCCCGUUCAGAUGAACUGUCCCGCCACCGCAGAACUCACACAGGGGAGAAGAAGUUUGCCUGUCCAGUCUGUGACCGCCGCUUCAUGCGUAGUGAUCACCUGACAAAGCAUGCUCGUCGUCACAUGACCACCAAGAAAGUUCCCAGCUGGCAGACAGAGGUUGGCAAACUGAACAGGAUCGCCACAAUGGAGAAGCCAAGGAGCGAGAGUGCUUUGGGCAUGCUUCUGCCCAUGUUGUCGUCAGGCUAAACAGGCCUCUCUGUGGAAACAAACGCUUUGAGAGGAACCUCCCAAAAAACAGCUUUGACUGAUUUUUUUUUUUAAAUUCCUGUGAGUUAUGCUUUUAUACCAUGGAGGGGAGAAAACUGUAGAAGUCUUCUGCCCUCCACCUCUUCACUUUAAGCCCUACUUAAAUGUUGAGUUAUAUUUUAUUUCUCCUAUCCUUUCCCCCUGCCCCUCCAAAAUUUUGGGGAAUUUACCAGCACUUCAGGAAAGCAAAAACUAAAAAAGGGUGGGGUGCGUGGCAGAUAGAUUGGCAAGGGAUUGUUUUUUGCAAACAUGUAUCGAGUAACAGUGGUGGAUAGAAAGUGAAACAGGGUGUUUUUCCCCCAUUUUAUACUAUUUUUCUAUAUAUCUUAUAUUUGUUCAGCUGCAGCCUGAUCUUGAAGUCACACUUUGAGAGGUGAGUUAUGCAAGAUCAGUGUAAACCUUUGGAAUACGCUUUUUUGCUGAAUGCAGCCCAACCUGGUUUUAGGGUAUCAUGUACAAAUCCACUGGAGAAUUGCCUGCCAUGUCGUCAUGGUUUAGAGCAAAGGCCUUUUCUCCUAUGUCUCAAAAUAGGUGCCUAGGCAUUCUGUGGCAGACUGAUGCAUACAGCUAGUUGAGUCUUUCUUACUGAGAUACGGGCCGCAUGCAGCACUGCUAAGAAGUCCUUGCCUGUGUAGUAAGUCCACAUGGCCAACUGCACCAUCACCCUAGGUGCCCUUCCAUAUGUAUGUAGCAGCUGCUGUUAGUCAGGGAUUCUUGGCUUGCAAAUACUAGUGCCUGUGAUACCAGCUGAGUGAAGCUCCUGUAUGGGCUCCGGUUAAGUGCUGAGACUGCAUGUGAUCCCUGUUGCAUCUAAAUUGGCUCUUGGAUACACAGUUCCAGAACACCGGUUGCUAGUUUGACUAGAGUUGGGCAAGAAUCUAUUUUGGACAUUUGGAUCUAUUUUGAAAUAAAGGAGUGGCUUAUUAGAGUACCCCGUGUUUAUAAAUUGCAACAUCAGAAAUGUUCUUUAUAAUUUUGACCUUCGUGGUGAUGACUCAACAGGGUUGUGGGCUGCAUAUCUGUCUGUCAACAAUACAAUCCUGCCAGCAUUAAAAACCUUCACAUCCUGUUGCCUUCGGUGGGAAAGUUAAGCACAUCCUUAAAUAUGACCCUCUGAAUUUAAUGGUGAGGAAGCACCUAACUUUGGUUGAACAUUUUCUGUAAGCAUCCUUACUCAUCAAGCACAUAGUCCAACUGCAUUGAUCCAUUGUGAUGGCCAAAAUAAAGGGGCGUGGAAUUAUGGCUUGAGGUCAAAGCUGAAAAUGCACUGCCUGUGUGAUUGUCUUUAUAUCAUCCAUUUGGAGACCUUUUAACAUACCCACAAAAAGCUUAAUGAAUUCUCACUUAAGUGUUUGAGGGAGGACAACCAAUGCGAACUGUGUAACAUUCCAUAUUUUGCAUGUAUUCAGUUGGAGCUCUAGGUCAAAUCCAACACUACCACUUGUAUAAUGGUACUUUCCUACCCUCCCUGCAAUCUGUUGUGAAGGACUGGUAGAUUUUGGGAAGUCUGCGGGAGCGCGGGAUGCUGCUCUGUCAGUAGAAAAUACCUUCUGACUUAUAAUACUUGUGCUUUUAAAAUUGGAAGCAUCCAUAACACUUGUGGGAUACUGCAGACUAAACAUAAACACAGUUCUGUUUUCUUUUCAAAUUGCCCAUACAUUUCACAGCUUUAGAACAAAAACCUUUAUAUAAAAAAAUACUGCAGGUCUUGUUUCAUUGUCCAGAGUACAUUAAGUAAGUAAAAUAAACUGAUGGCAAUUGUAGAGCUGCUCUCUGUUGGCUUUUGGAGAGCACGAUGAGAGAAGUAAACUAAGGGAUACAGGUGAGUCAUUCAGCUACCUUCUCAGUUUGCUAAAUUUUGCAUAAAUAUAAUUAUGCUGAGAAAUUAGUUUCUAAUGCUUGAUUAUGUGAAUGCAUGGGUGUAUUAUGCGUGUGGUAUAAUAUCUGACAUUCCAUUAGCAUCUGAAAAUAGAUAGAUCCCAUGAUUAUUCUAUCAACCAGAUGCAUUCACUAUUAAGAAAAGGUUGCAGUGCAUUCAUGUAUUUAUUUUGGAUCCAUCUGAAAAUAUUUCCACUGAUGUGAGUUUCCUGGAAAUAGAUUUGGAGUAAGUAGUUUGAAAAUUGCAGCUGAGAACUCUUAAUUUUAAAAAGUUUCACCGAUGUGCAUGCCAUCAGUUGCCAAAUAAUGCUUUGGCAGUGGUGGUGUGUAGGGCUGCUGACAUUUUUACUGGCUCCAUUUCAGCUUCUCUCCUAGUAGCCUAUUCUACAGAAACUUAGGUAGGGAAGCAACCUUCAGAAGCUAAAUGUCUGCAAGGCAGGUUGCUACUCAAGGUGCAGAAAAUUUGCCAGGGAUACAAAUUUGUGGUUUGCUAGUCUGCAGAUCCACUUUUGUCAGGAUGCCUAUCCUAAACAUUUGCCAUCUGCCCGCUUAGUAUUGAAUUGGAAGGCAUGAGCUUUUAUGGAGGUGAUCAUGACAGCAGCAGGCGCCAUAUCUUUAAAAAGUAGUGGUUGUCAUAGAUAGAUAAAGUAAACAUUGUCUUAAGUUGAUCAGAAUCUUUCAACCUGGCCUUCAUUGCCUGUUCAACCAGCUGUAAGCAGGUUUCCACUGACGUGUUUCAGUCAGGCUGUCCUACUUUGUGACCUGCCAGAUCCACUGCUGCUCCAGCCACCUAUUUUGGCUCGCCAGGUGCUCAAGAACCUUCCUGUUUUGCUGUGUCCAACACAGCAAGAAUAGCAUGUUCCCUGAACCCUUGGCAGACAGUCAAAUGUGGGUCAAGGGCAGCAUUUGAAGGAUCACUAAACAUGCAGUCCUGUACGUAUUUAGGCUGAAAAAUGCAUUUCUACGCCCAGCAUUCCCACGCAGAAUGAAGUUCUAGGAUUGGGCCAUAGUUUAUGUAAGCAUGGGGUGUUACAGGAACUGCACCCCAGCAUAUGUUGUUUAAUUUUCUUCUGCCAUACAUGAUGAAUUUUACUUGCUUUGGCAAGUGCAUGCAAACGUAGAGGAUAAGCACCCCCUCACACACAGCCAAUUUAAUAGAUACAAAGAGUUAUGCCCACUUUAUGCGCAGCUAAUUGAACAGAAGUGAGUAUGACACCCAUGCAGUGUUAAAGAGCUUGUGAGAAGAGUAGUUAAACAUGCAAUCCUGUGCUAGUUCAGACUGUAAAACAUGCCUACACCUCCCAGCAUGCCCCAGCCAGUCAUGCUGGAAGAUGCAGGCCUUUUUUCCUGCCUAAACAUGCAUGUGACUGCUCCUUCAAUGUCAUCAAUGCAGUGCAUAUACUAGAUUCCAGCAGCAUGGUUAGUUUGGAACCACCGCCUCUACCCCAUUUUCUGUCCAGCAUGCAGGCAGGAGUCUGCUUUCUUCUGGUGCAAUUCCACUGAAAUUCAUCAAAAUUACCUGAUUUUACUUGUAUGAUUGGGAGCCUUUUCAAAAAGUUUCCAAAUAUCUGAUUGUGAUUAUAAACUGACUUAAGAUUAUGGGAACUUUUGUUUGGUGUAGUAAAAUAUCGUGCCUAAUAUUUUAUAUGAAUAAACCUUUCUGUUCAUCAUUUAUUGUGAAAUCCCUGUAUUUGUGUGUAUAUGCAAAUAUUGUUUGUAUUUCUCUAAGGGCUGCAUUGUAAUUUCUCUUCUAGUAAAGUGGACAUUUGCGUA